AUGCGCGCGGAGCGGGCGAUGAGCUUGAUGGGCUGUACUGAACGCAUACGCUCUAACAGAGACAUGAAACAGCACCCAUCACCAAGUGACACCAUCCGGUGGCUGCCUCUGGUGGUGCACGAUGGCAACUUGGCAAGGGCGCAGAUCGCGUUCCCUUACAACGCGCGCGAAGUCGAUGAGAACGCCGUUGAUCAUGUCAAGUUGUGCAUCAAGGCCGACUUGGGCAAGGUGGCACAAAAGUGUAACAACCCCACCGGCACCAACUGGCGCUACCUAACCCUAGUGUCCGCCCUCCAAUGCAAGGACAAGUGUUUCGAGGGCGGCAUGCUCUGCCUGUGUGGUGGUGAGGCUGCUCUCCUGUAG